AAUCGUUUUUCAACAAUAUUGUUUUUCUACCUAUGCAGUAGGCACUUUGCUCUAAUAGUCGUUAUAUUUUGAUCAGAGUAACUUACUAAUAUAUCAACCGAAUUCACAAAUUGUUCUCACCGUUCUGAACGCGUACCUAUAUUCUGUAUGAAAAUGGCACGUCUUCUAUUUAACUAAACGUUAUUUAUUCAGUUAACUACAUAAUACACAGUAUAUAUUAUAGUAGGUUUAUAACAUAAAAAUACCUAGACAGUCUAUUUUAAUACCUAUUGGCUAUUAUAUUGCAAAAAUUAUGGUUCAAUUCAGUGAUAUUCCUGUAGUAGGACAGGUCGGAUUAAUUGAAGUCAAUACUGCAUUCCAAAACGACGUUUCUCCUCUAAAAGUAGAUCUUAUCUAUGGAACUUUCAGAUCAGAAGAUGGUAGCAACUAUUUAUUACCUGUGGUUAAGAGAGCAGAAAAUAUGGUUGUAAAUGACACUUUGAAUCACAAUUACUUAUCACCUACAGGAAUUGAAGGUUUUACAAAAUCAGCAUGCCGUUUAUUAUUAGGCGAUAUUGAAAAACUGUGGAAAGACGGAAAGGUAUUUGGUGUUCAAUGUAUGGGUGGAACCGGAGCUAUAAAAAUAGGUGCUGAAUUCUUAGCACGGCAUAUGAAUUGCACAACUGUUUAUUAUCCCGAUCCGUCAUGGGAAAUGCAUGGAACCGUGUUCUCUUUGAGUGGAUUUAAAAAUAAAAUACAAUAUCGUUACAUAAAUAGGGAAACUAUAGAAAUUGAUUUCGAAGGACUAUGUGAGGAUAUUUCUAAUGCUCCUUCCGAUUCUGUCGUAAUAUUGCACGCAUGUGGUCAUAAUCCAACUGGUUUGGACCCGAGUAAAGAACAGUGGAGAACUAUUGCUGAAAUUAUGAAAAAACGUAAAUUGAUACCGUUCUUUGACAUUGCCUAUCAAGGAAUGGCGUCUGGAGAUAUUGAAGAAGACACCUGGGCCGUUCGUCACUUUCACAGUGAAGGAUUUGAAUUUCUAUGCGCACAAUCAUUUUCCAAGAUGUUCACUGUGUACAACGAACGGGUUGGCAACUUGACGAUUGUACAAAAAUCUGGUCACAACAUUGAAAGUCUUAAGGUCCACUUGGAGAGAAUCAUUAGAAGUAUCUACUCAAGUCCUCCAAAUCACGGUGCUAGGGCGGUUUUCCAAAUAUUAUCCAAUCCUGAACUAUAUGACGAAUGGUUAAGCAGUUUCAAAGCUAUGGCAGCUCGAAUGAUAGAACUAAGAAAAGAUUUUCGUAAAGCUCUCGAGGAAGAAGGCGCUUUUAGAAAGUGGAACCAUAUAACAGAUCAAAAGGGAAUGUUUAUAUUGUUACAUUUGACAGAUAAUCAAGUGGAAUACUUGAGGAAUUUUCAUCACGUAUAUAUGGUAAAAAGUGGACGGGUAAAUGUUACUGGACUGAAUUUCACAAAUAUUAAUUAUGUUGCUAAAGCGAUUAUUGAUACAUUGAGGAAGAACAUAUAAAUAAUGUCACUAUGUAGUACCUAUUUGGGUAGUCUUUCUACCCACCUACUUCAAUAGCUUCUGCUGCUAAUGACUGCUUUUAUAAUCCAUCUUUGAUUAAGCUUGUUUCGAUUGAUACAAUUUUUAAUAAUAUUUAAAUAUUUCAGAAUGUUUUUUUAUGACUUUAUGACUUAUAAGUAAUAUAGUAUAAUAUCAUUUGUA